GUAACUUUCAAUUCCCAACUUUGCUACAGGUAUUUUGAUCAGGUCCGUGACAGAGACAUUAUUUGCACCCAUUACUGACAUUAACGGCAAGGGAAAAUAGAAACAACACAAAUACCAAUUGGAUCUACUUAUCCAUUCCAGCUUGCCAUCACUCAGCUGCUCAAUAACUACUCAAUCCCUUGAUGUUCAAGUUUUUCAGAUUCUUGUUGAUAGUCCUAUCACUAGCAGCAGCAGUCUUGUCGGUGUUUGCCCUCACCGGGUCCUACGCCAAUAAGAGCUACCUCACCAAGACGUACUUGUUCAACAUCCACUUGGACAACCUCGAUUUAUCCAAAUUGUUGGAUUCGUCCAACUUCUCAAAGCGAGACUUUGCAUCGCAAAUCAUCGAUGUCACAGGCGAUAGCACCACCACUGCGACCGGUGCUAGUGCCACAGCCACCUCCACCAGCGCUACGAGCAUUGACGAAAUUUUAGCUCUUUCCUACAGCGACUUAGGGUUAUCUAACGUCUACCAAGUCAGUUAUUGGGGAUAUUGCAGAGGAACCACCACAAGCCAAGACUCCAGCAGCAAUAGCACGUUCGACAACAGCAACGUGAACAUCACAUGGUGUUCCAAGCCCAAGCCCGGAUACAAGUUCGAUCCACUUGUGGUGUUCAAGGCCGAAUUGAACAACACUUUACAAGAUAGUGAUACCAUCAGUACCACUCUCAGUGAAGAAAUCACUUAUUUGGUUGACAACUUGAGCUACGAUAAUUUCAAUCUUCCGGGUGAUAUGAACUCCAAGGUCAAAACGUUUGGAAACUUGAUGCUUGCAUCUUUUGGGUUGACAUUAGCAGGAGCUGUAUUGGCAGUUAUCUCGGUUGCCGUUCAGCUCUUAGGAUGUUUCAUGAGUCCCGACUCGUGCUGCCUUUCGUUCUUGAAUUUCUUGUACGAGUGUGUGAUAUUUAUCAUUCUACUUGUUGGAGCUGCCUUGGCUACUAGUACGGUAGCCUACACCAGAAGUCAGGUAAAUGAUGAUGUGAGUUCAUACGGAAUCAAGGCGUUCAUGUCGAUCAACUUCUAUGCGUUUGUGUUCUCUGGUGCUAUCGCCGCCUGGAUUUGUUGUGUGUUCAACUUGUUGGGCCACUGUUGUGGACUUUUCGCCACUGGUAGAAGACGGUUCAGGACUAUGGUUCACCACGAGCCAGAAAUGGCAUACACCCAUGGAGGCCACUCCAGCGAUGAGGCUUCAUACAAGUCUCACGGUCAUGACCAUGAACAUGGCCAUGGCCACCAUUAGACUGUUCAUACAACGUGUUUUUAUAUUUGGUUUGUGUAUAGGGUUAAAUGUAAUGUGUUUUGAAGAUGCGAAAUCGAUGCGAAAACAUCUAAAAUCUCAUCUUCAACCACCAG